AAAACGCAGAAACUGCGCACGUCACUUCCACGCAAAGACACAGUGACGUAGUACGCAAGUGUCCGCAGCUCGAGGCCUGCCAGUGGACGGAAGCUUACAGUGAGCGAGCGCAGGGUUCGUGUCUUCAGGCGGAAAACCAGACGAAUACAGCGUCCUCCAGAUCCCAGAGACAGCGGUCCGGUUCUGACCCGCUCCAGAGCUGGCUGCGGCUCUUCUGAGAGGGUUUUUGAAGGGGAAGUUGUUCUUGAAUGCCCAAGACACAGUCAGCACGGUUUUCACCAUGAACAGGAACAAGCGUGAGAAGGAAUACUUCAGCAUAGACGUGGGAGAUUCAACCUUUACCGUUCUGAAGCGAUAUCAGAAUUUAAGACCAAUCGGAUCUGGAGCACAAGGCAUCGUCUGCUCGGCGUAUGAUCAUGUCCUCGAACGAAAUGUUGCAAUAAAGAAACUCAGCCGACCCUUUCAGAACCAAACCCACGCUAAACGGGCCUACAGAGAACUGGUCCUGAUGAAAUGUGUCAACCACAAAAAUAUAAUUGGGUUAUUACAUGUGUUCACGCCACAGAAGACACUUGAAGAGUUCCAGGAUAUGUAUCUGGUGAUGGAGCUGAUGGAUGCUAACCUGUGUCAGGUCAUUCAGAUGGAGCUGGACCACGAGAGACUCUCAUACCUGCUUUAUCAGAUGCUCUGCGGCAUCAAACACCUACACGCUGCUGGCAUCAUACACAGGGAUCUGAAGCCCAGUAACAUAGUAGUGAAAUCAGACUGUACUCUGAAGAUCCUGGACUUCGGUCUGGCCCGGACAGCCGCCACCGGCCUCCUCAUGACUCCUUACGUGGUGACGCGCUACUACCGUGCCCCCGAGGUCAUUCUGGGCAUGGGUUACCAAGCCAACGUGGAUAUUUGGGCUGUUGGUUGCAUUAUGGCAGAGAUGGUUCGGCACAAAAUCCUUUUUCCAGGGAGGGACUACAUUGACCAGUGGAACAAGGUGAUCGAGCAGCUGGGCACGCCGUCUCAGGAGUUCAUGCUGAAGCUCAACCAGUCUGUGAGGACUUACGUGGAGAACCGGCCCCGCUACGCUGGAUACAGCUUUGAGAAGCUCUUCCCAGACGUGCUGUUCCCUGCAGACUCAGACCACAACAAACUGAAAGCGAGCCAGGCGCGAGACUUGUUGUCCAAAAUGCUGGUAAUCGAUGCGUCUAAACGAAUCUCGGUGGACGAGGCCCUGCAGCACCCCUACAUCAACGUGUGGUUCGACCCGUCAGAAGUGGAAGCGCCGCCGCCGGCGAUCACCGAUAAACAGCUGGAUGAGAGAGAACACACAGUGGAGGAGUGGAAAGAGCUGAUAUAUAAGGAAGUGCUGGACUGGGAGGAACGAACGAAAAACGGGGUGAUCCGAGGACAGCCGGCUUCACUAGGUGCAGCAGUGAGCAAUGACUCCCACGAGCCCUCGACGUCCUCGUCCUCCACAAACGACGUCUCGUCCAUGUCCACUGACACAGACAGCAGUCAGGAGGCGAGCGCAGGACCGCUGGGCUGCUGCAGAUGACUAUCCUCCUCCUCCAUCAUCAUCAUCAUCAUCAUCAUCCUCCUCCUCCGCUCCCUGCUUCCAUGCAAGUGUCACGCCAGUCCGGAAACGCGUCCUCCUUUCUGUCUCGGACUGACACGUUCUUUUGAAUUGACAAAGUGUAAGAACGGAGUUAAGAGUUUUGGAGGGCAUCUUCAAAUCCAGCAUUACUUUGAUCGCUUUCAUUUUUGGCAGCAGAUUGAAGCCACUGCUGCGCCAUCUUGCCAUUCGGAUGUGGAAUGAUUUGAGUUUAUUUAUAUUAUAAAGAUGAAUGGGGAAUAUAUUUUUAAGGUGUUUAAUUGUUUUGUUUUUUGAGCGAGAGAGUCACUAAUUAGUUUCCUGGAUAAACGAGUGUUUCCUCACUGUUACGACUGCUGUGGAGUCAGUGGCGUAUAAAAUCGCAGUUUGGACAUUUUGGACGUUUGUCUUACAGAAACACAUUUUAAAGUGCUUUUAGGGUCUGUAAGCUGCUCUUUUCUCUUUCUGCACACGAUUGACUUCACGUAGUAUUCUCUCUGUUAAAACACUGUAUGUAAUCUAGUCUGUACAUAUUUCAACUUUAAACACAGAAAACAGUAACCCACAGCUUUCAUUACGCUUCAGCCUGAUGUAAAGGUCUUGUUCGAACACUUUGUUAUUAUGACGUGAAACUGAAAUUGGGUAUUCGGCCCAUGCUUAUGAAAUGCUUAUGAUUUGUAGUCUACCGAUGCAAUCUUAUGCAUUACGCUAGGAGAAAAAGAACUGCUUCCACGGGUGAUUUUCUUAAUAAUAAUAACGUCGUUUCAGAUCAUGCUAAAUGAAUGGAGAUGUAUUAGAUUGGAGAAUGAUUCCCAAAGGAACUGCUGCAUUUUAUGGCUGUCUAGCGUUAAAAAAAUAGCCCAUCAGUAUCAGAUACUUUCCAUUCUAAUGCUUAGAAAAAUGUAAUUAUGUGUUUACAGUACUAGUGUAUGUAGUGUAAACUCUGCUCCUCCUAAAACAUUAACAUUACAAGCGAAAUCCAUUGCUAAAUUUGAAAAUUAAUACCUACGUUUUUUUUGUUUUGCUUUCAAAAUGGAGAAAGUGCCUGAGUCCAGCAUUCAUUCCUGAAUGAUUAGAAAGAUGAAGAAAUUUGGGUGAGGUUUUUCAGAAGUAAUACUGUUCUUAUCAUGUCGCGGUGUCUAUUUUUCUAUGGUAUUGGACGUAUGUGAUGUCGAUUGAAAGGUCGGGGCAUGUUGAGAAGAUGAUCUGAAAAAGAGACGUUUCCUCAAGCAAGGUCUUUCAUCAAAGUAAUAGAAAAAUUGGAACCUUUUUGGUAUGCGUGUAUGGUUUGCAGCUUUAUUUUGUUCAUGGAAAUAUGCAAGAUAUUGCAUCAAAUGCUGUAGGUGGGAACUCCAUUUCCCAUGAGGCAGUGCUGUGGAAUGUACAUGCGGGAUAGAUGGGAGUUGUAGGAACUACAGUAUAGUUUUGAGUUUGCAUAAUGAUCAGCAUAUGUAUUUUAUUUUUAAUUUGAGUUGCAUCCCAGGCAUUUUUGUUUUUUUGUAUUUUAAGUGCUCUUAAUUUUUCUUUGCUCUCUUUAGAGGAAGUUAAUGAAUUUUAACUUCAGGUUUGUCAUUGCAUUUGCUUUUAUUUCAUCUCUCAAACAUGUUAUAAUUCAGAUCAAAGUAGGCUUUGAUGAACUACCUCACUCUAAAUUUCUACAGAUUCUUUGUUUUUGUUUUUUGCGCAACAUAGCUGCCCGUAAGAUAGAUGUUAAUACAGAUUUCAUUAUUUAUUUAUUUCUAAAGUGAACUAUUGUCAAUAGUAGGCAACGUAUAGUUUUGUACAUUAUGUAUACUUCACCUAGAAGAACUGAAAUGUAAAUUUGAUCUUUUUGUUUAAUUUACUUUGUACUCAUUUUUUACAGUUCAUGUGCAAUACCCACUGCUGUCAUGCUAGUUGUAAUCGAUAGAUCUAGAGGUAGAGAUAUGCUUGGUACUGUCAGAUACAUCCAUGUAUUUGUCUUUUUAAAUCUGGAUUAUUAUUAUUAUUAUUUUCCAUUUGGCUUAUACUGUAAAUGUUACAUAACCCAUCUUACCAAAAACAAAAAAUCUGUGGCUGAUGUUAGAAAGUUGUUACGUUUAGCCACUGGACUUUAAUAAACCUGGUAAGUCCGAUUCAGAGGCAUCUGUAAAAUAUCUUGAAAUAGUACCAACGUGUUGAGGUUUGGUGCUGGUGUGUAAUAUAUGCUAGCAAUGCCAGCCCUACAGUUAGUUAUAAAUUGCUAGCUCUGUGUGUGCUGAACCGCACACAGACACUGAGAAGUGCACUACUACAAAGAAUGCACUGGGAUCUUAUGAUACCAAUUGUACAUGUACUGCAAAUAAACACCAGUUUGAAUCAGAA